AUUGAAGUUUGUUUACACUGUUGGACACACAAUAGUUAAUAUUUUUAUGGAAAUUCAUUAAUCUAGGAUCUGGUUAUUAGUUUUGAACCGGUAGCAAUGUAAAGACUAAACAGUUUUUAAUUAAUUUUACAUUUUUAUAAUUCUAUGAAGAUGGAAUAAGUUUGACCGAUGAAUAUAUGAUUAGUACUGUGUGACUAUUGACUAUCUGAAUGAGUGUAUUAUAUUCUCAGAAGUUAGUCAACUAAAAACACCAUUAUGUCCGAAAAAAAAGCUAAAAACAAUGCCGAUUGGAAAAAACGUGUUAAAGCCGAGUAUUUUAGAUUACUGCAGGCCAAAAAAACAAAGAAAGACGAUGACAAUGUAUUGGCAUGCAUCAAUAAUCAGAAGAAGCUGUAUGAAAAAAAAGCAGAAGAACUCAAACGAUUGUUGUCGAGAAAAGCAGUUUGGGAAUGUCGACCAUACAUAGAAACAGUAUCCAGAUCCAAACGGUCAGAAGUAUCCAAAGUGGAUGGUAUUGGUGAAGAAACUAUGAGUGUUCCAAUUAAAAUAAUUAACGCUGUAGCACCUAUACCUACUAUGUAUAUCUGGGCACCGAUUCAACAAAAUUUCAUGGUAGAUGAUGAAACUGUUCUACAUAAUAUCCCCUACAUGGGAGACGAGGUACUUGAUCAAGAUGGUUCUUUUAUUGAAGAAUUAUUAAAAAAUUAUGAUAAUAAAGUUCAUGAUGAUGAUGCCGCAAACUUUCUAGAUGACCAGGUGUUUGUUGACUUAGUCCAUGCACUCAUACCAUUUCAGCAAGAAGAAGAUAAAGAACAACAAAGUUUAUUGACACCAAAAAUGGUGUUAAAAAACAGUAAGGAUGAUAGGCCAUUUCCUAGUAUGGCUAUAUUUGAAGCUAUGUCAGCUGCAUUUCCUGAUAAAGGUUCUCCUGAAGAAUUCAAAGAAAAGUAUAUUGAAUUAUCAUCUUGUGUUGACCCUAAUGCACAGCCAUCUCAAUGCACUCCAAACAUUGAUGGACCAAAGGCUGAAUCUGUACCUAAAGAGCAAACUAUACAUUCAUUUUUAAAUUUGUUUUGUAGAAGAUGUUACAAAUAUGAUUGCUUUUUACACAAACUUAAAGAACACGAUUCUGGUACUAAUUUGCCAAUUGGUCUUAAAGGACCUUUGUUAAAACCAUUUUCAUCUCACUGUAGUCAAGAUUGUUAUAUGUUACUUGAUGGAAUGAAAGAAAAAUUAGCUGCUAUUGCAGAAAUUAAAGCUGAAAAGCAAAAACAAGCGGAUAGAGAUGAAGAAACAAAUAGAUCUGGGUCUACAACAAUUUCUAGUAAUACGAAAGAGUUGUCACCUCCGAAUGAAAAUAAUGAAAAACCUGUAGGUUCUUCUGUUAAGUUGUCAAAAAAAGAUAGUUCUGAUUGGGGUAAUGAUGCUAGUUCUGAAGAUAGCAGAGAUAGCAGUAAAGAUGGGGAAUUAGACAUGGAAGAUCCAUUAUCAACAAAAACAUCUUUUUCUUUACUUCCACGCAUGAGUACUGAAGAUAAACAAGUGUGGACUGGAUCAGAUCAAUCAAUUUUCCGUGCACUUCGUCGUACAUUCCUGAAUAAUUAUUGUGUCAUUGCUCAGAUGAUGUUAACAAAAAGUUGUCAGCAGGUUUAUGAGUUUGCACAAAAUGAAAAUGAUGAAGUUACUGUUGAAGAAGCAAUUAGUGAACUAACUCCACCUAGAAAAAAAAAGAAAAAGUUACGUUUAUGGCAAACACAUUGUCGAAAAGUACAACUAAAGAGAGACUCUGCAUCAAAUCAUUUAUAUAAUUAUACCCCAUGUUCUCACCCACCAAAUCAAGGAUGUGAUGCAACUUGUCCAUGUGUAAUGGCACAGAAUUUCUGUGAAAAAUUCUGCAAAUGUAGUUCAGAUUGUCAAAAUCGUUUUCCGGGUUGUCGGUGUCGUGCUCAGUGUAACACAAAACAAUGUCCUUGUUAUUUAGCUGUUCGUGAAUGUGAUCCAGAUUUAUGUUUAACUUGUGGUGCUGAUCAGUUUAAUUUAGAAAAUAUAACAUGUAAAAAUGUCAGUGUUCAAAGAGGCCUCCGCAAACACUUAUUAAUGGCACCUUCAGAUGUUGCUGGUUGGGGUAUAUUUUUGAAAGAUUCAGCUCAAAAAAAUGAAUUUAUAUCUGAAUAUUGUGGAGAAAUUAUUACUCAAGAUGAAGCUGAUCGGCGUGGAAAAGUUUACGAUAAAUAUAUGUGUAGCUUUUUAUUUAAUUUAAAUCAUGAUUUUGUUGUUGAUGCUACACGAAAAGGCAAUAAAAUAAGAUUUGCCAACCAUUCAAUUAAUCCAAAUUGUUAUGCUAAAGUUAUGAUGGUUAAUGGUGAUCAUCGAAUUGGUAUAUUUGCCAAACGUCCUAUACAACCUGGUGAAGAAUUAUUUUUUGACUACAGAUAUGGACCAACUGAGCAACUUAAAUUUGUUGGAAUUGAAAGAGAGAUGGAAUUCUUACCUUAAGUUUUCUAACAUGAUAGAUUUUUAUUG